AUGCGAUGUAUCGUAGCUAUAGCUAAUCCAGUAGCUCUAGAAAUUCUACGAAUACUUGUAGAAGGGUCCGCCUCUAUCAAAGCAAGCACCUCUUCAUCAUCCAAUCACGGUCUGCCUAUUUGUUGUACAUCACCAGUCUGUGAUCGGGAAAGCGUUCACGAUCCGGAUAACGUUCACGAUACUCUCUUGCAGCAAGGCGAGCGUUCCCACCACAUAAUCCAUAAAUUAUAUGCCCCCACAAGCUCUGCACCCGAUGAUGAGAUAGAAAGAUUCUACAAUGACAUUUCACAAGCGCUGACAAUAGAAACAGCACACUACAAGUACAUUAUUGGCGAUUUCGAUGCUAAACUAGGAGUACCAGCGGGAAAAGGAAAUCAAUAUGUGGGUAAAUUCGGACUGGGUUGUACCAACGAACGAGGAGAAAGACUAAUCAAUUAUCUCCAAAAAGAAACUGAACUCAACAAGAAAUUGUCUAAUAAAGAAGCACUGAACAGCUUGAAUAUAAACGACCUAGAAAACAGAAUAAGUACUGAUAUUAGAACGACAGCCAAAAAGAUAUGUGCCACUACCAAGAAAAAUAAUUCAAAAAUAAAAAAGGAAACUAGAGAACUCAUGGCGAAGAGAAGAAACUUGGAUAAAGGAACUCAUGAAUACAACAAAAUUAACAGAUUGAUAAAAAAGAAAACAAAGGAAGAUUUAAGGCAAUACAACACAGAAAUGAUAACAACGACCAUCGAAAACAACAAAAACAUGAAAGUACUUAAAACACGUAACAAUGAUGGACGCCUCCAAAUACAUCAACUAAGGGACGCAAACAGAAACAUCAAAGAGGACAGUAAAAAUUUAAUGGAUAUCGUGGAAAAUUUCUACAGCGCACUGUACACAGGAGACAACCCAGAACAAGUGAUCGGAGUUGAUGAAACGAUUCUCAAUGUAGGCUCCGAAGAUCUUCGUGACAUCACCGGAGAAGAAGUAGAACUAGCAUUGUCUCAAAUGAAAAACGGUAAAGCACCAGGGGAAGAUGGAAUUACAGCUAAAAUGAUAAAACUUGGGGGAAGAACUACUGUAGAAGCAUCGACAAUUUUUCUUAAUAAAUGUAUGACAGAAGGCCCAGCUAAACUAGAUGCCUAUCAGCCCCCGGAACAAGCUGGCUUCCGAAAAGGUCAUAGCACAAUAGAACACAUACAAUCCGUUCGCACUAUAAUAGAAAAAUGCAACGAGUACAAUGAACCACUACACCUCGCAUUUAUUGACUAUAACAAAGCUUUUGACUCCGUAGAGUUGUCGGCUAUUUUUAAGGCCAUGAACAAUGCAAGAAUCGACUCUCGAUACAAGCAGCUUCUCAAACACAUAUACGAAAAUGCGACAAUCACCGUUAAAAUCUCGGAAGAGAUAGAAACAAACAAAAUUCAAAUAAAAAGAGGAGGAACUGGAACACUGGAACGAGAGAUGCAUCAAAAUCGACGGCUAACAUCUGAGCCAUUUACGCUUUGCGGAUGA